AGCUCUGCCAACGGGCAUAGGCGUGCAGCAGACCCCAGAGCGUGGCGUGCCCGGUAGCCAGCAUCGAACGUGUGCGUCACUCGUGGCAGAGGUCGCACUGUAGGAGAGCUGCGCGGAGAGUUCCCGUUAGUUGCAACCCCCAAAACGAGUGCAGUGCAGGGAUGCGUGCGCGCAGGAAGCAGCAGCAGCAGAAAAUUCGCUGCAGACUGGAAUGCAGAGGCGGGAUACAGAAAACCAGAGACUCUGCCCCAACACAGGACCAAGUGCUUCUAUCCCGGGACCAGUGCUCGAGGAAACGCUCAACGUAGCGCAGGCCAACACUGUUUGGGGCCGACCGACCAGCCUAGACCGAAAACCAGGAACCAGGAAACAGGACCCAACUGCAGCUGCAGUUGUCUAUACACCACUCGCUCCGCAGCCUCCGGGUGGCUCCCCAACCCAUCCACCUUGGCGACCAAUUAUCUGGGCCCAGAAUUUUCGACGGCCAUCAAGUUUCCAUAAUUUCCAACAUAAGCAUAAUCAGCAGGCUGGAGCUGCAACAGCAACAACGACUAUAGCAACGACUACAACAACAGAGUACCUGUUACGUAUACUAGAUCAAUUCCGGAUGGCUGCAUCGAACCCCAAUACCUUGUGGGCCCAAAGAAUGUCGAGCUUUCAGAUCAAGCAGGCGGACCUCAAUCGCCUGGUGAUGAACUAUCUGAUCACAGAGGGAUACCAGGAGGCGGCACAGCGCUUCAAGGCCGAGUCGUCGCUGGAGCCGAGCUCUCUGGGUGACAGCAUCGAUGAUCGGGUGAGGAUCCGCAAUGCUGUGCGCAGUGGCCAAGUGAAGUAUGCCAUGGACCUGGCCAACAGGCUGUAUCCGCAGCUCUUCGAGACGAACAACUACAUGUACUUCCACAUGCAGCAGCUGCGGCUGAUUGAGCUUAUACGGGAGCAGAAGGUGGAGCAGGCCCUCGACUUUGCCCAGAGCAAGGAGUCCGGCCUCAGCGAGGUGCACUCGGAUAACAUCCGGGAGAUGCAGCGCGCCCUGGCCCUGCUGGCCUUCGACAAGCCCGAGGAGAGUCCCUUCGGGGACCUGAUGCGGCCCGCCUACCGGCUGCAGGUGGCCGGGGAGCUGAACAAUGCCAUCCUGAAGUACGAGGGCGGGGAGGUCGUCCAGCCGAAAAUGAUGUUCCUCAUCAAGCUGAUCCUCUGGGCCCAGGACAGACUGGAGAUGGAGGGCAUUUCGGACUAUCGGCGUAUAGAUCUGGAGACGCCCGACUUCGAGGAUGAGAUCAAGCGGGCCUUCCAGGAGGGCUAAGUGCAACCGGCUCAGAGUGCAACCGGUGCUCCCACAAAUUCGGUGUCUAUGCUGCAAACUAAUCCAGAAAUAUGAAUGUUUUUUGGUGUUUUUUUUUUUUUUUUUUUUUUGAUUUGCAUAAUAAACGUUUCAAUAU